AUGGCCAGCGAGAAGCCGGGCCCGGGCCCAGGGCUCGAACCUCCUCAGCCCGUGGGGCUCAUCGCCGUCGGGGCCAGCGGCAGCGGCAGCGGCGGCUGUGGCGGAGGCGGCGGUGGCGGUGGCGGCAGCGGGAUGGGGGAACUGAGGGGGGCGUCCGGCUCCGGCUCGGUGGUGCUCCCCGCGGGGAUGAUUAACCCUUCGGUGCCGAUCCGCAACAUCCGGAUGAAAUUCGCCGUGUUGAUCGGACUCAUACAGGUCGGAGAGGUCAGCAACCGGGACAUCGUGGAGACCGUGCUCAACCUGCUGGUUGGUGGAGAAUUUGAUUUGGAGAUGAACUUUAUUAUUCAGGAUGCUGAAAGUAUAACAUGUAUGACAGAACUUUUGGAACACUGUGAUGUAACAUGUCAGGCAGAAAUAUGGAGCAUGUUUACAGCCAUUCUACGAAAAAGUGUUCGGAAUUUACAGACUAGCACAGAAGUUGGGCUAAUUGAACAAGUAUUGCUGAAAAUGAGUGCUGUAGAUGACAUGAUAGCAGAUCUUCUAGUUGAUAUGUUGGGGGUUCUUGCCAGCUACAGCAUCACUGUUAAGGAGUUGAAGCUUUUGUUCAGCAUGCUUCGAGGAGAGAGUGGAAUAUGGCCAAGACAUGCAGUUAAAUUAUUGUCGGUUCUUAAUCAGAUGCCACAAAGACAUGGCCCUGAUACUUUUUUCAAUUUCCCUGGUUGCAGUGCUGCGGCAAUUGCAUUGCCUCCUAUCGCAAAAUGGCCUUAUCAGAAUGGCUUUACGCUGAACACUUGGUUCCGAAUGGAUCCAUUAAAUAACAUUAAUGUUGAUAAGGAUAAACCUUAUCUUUAUUGUUUUCGAACCAGCAAAGGUGUUGGCUAUUCUGCUCAUUUUGUUGGCAACUGCUUAAUAGUCACAUCACUGAAGUCCAAAGGAAAAGGUUUUCAGCACUGUGUGAAAUAUGAUUUUCAGCCACGAAAGUGGUAUAUGAUCAGCAUUGUCCACAUUUACAAUCGAUGGAGGAACAGUGAAAUUAGGUGUUAUGUUAAUGGACAGCUGGUAUCCUAUGGUGAUAUGGCUUGGCAUGUUAACACAAAUGAUAGCUAUGACAAGUGCUUUCUUGGAUCUUCAGAAACUGCUGAUGCAAAUAGGGUAUUCUGUGGGCAACUGGGUGCUGUGUAUGUAUUCAGUGAAGCACUCAACCCUGCACAGAUAUUUGCAAUUCAUCAGUUAGGACCUGGUUAUAAGAGUACCUUCAAGUUUAAGUCUGAGAGUGAUAUUCAUUUGGCAGAACACCAUAAACAAGUUCUUUAUGAUGGGAAGCUUGCAAGUAGUAUUGCCUUUACAUAUAAUGCUAAGGCCACUGAUGCUCAGCUAUGCCUGGAAUCAUCACCGAAGGAAAAUGCAUCAAUUUUUGUGCAUUCCCCACAUGCUCUAAUGCUCCAGGAUGUGAAGGCUAUAGUAACACAUUCAAUUCAUAGUGCAAUUCAUUCAAUUGGAGGGAUUCAAGUGCUUUUUCCACUUUUUGCUCAACUGGACAAUCGGCAGCUCAAUGACAGUCAAGUGGAAACAACUGUCUGUGCUACUCUUUUGGCAUUCCUGGUUGAAUUACUUAAAAGUUCAGUAGCCAUGCAAGAACAGAUGCUGGGUGGAAAAGGCUUUUUAGUCAUUGGCUACUUACUUGAAAAGUCCUCAAGGGUGCAUAUAACUAGAGCUGUGUUGGAGCAAUUUUUAUCCUUUGCGAAAUACCUUGAUGGUUUAUCUCAUGGAGCACCUUUACUAAAGCAACUUUGCGACCACAUUUUAUUUAACCCAGCCAUCUGGAUACACACACCUGCAAAGGUUCAACUUUCCUUGUAUACUUAUUUGUCUGCUGAAUUUAUUGGAACUGCUACCAUCUAUACAACCAUCCGGAGAGUAGGAACAGUAUUACAGCUAAUGCACACAUUAAAAUAUUACUACUGGGUCAUUAAUCCUGCUGAUAGUAGUGGUAUUACUCCUAAAGGAUUAGAUGGUCCCAGGCCAUCACAAAAAGAAAUUAUAUCACUUCGUGCAUUUAUGCUGCUUUUUCUGAAACAGCUCAUACUAAAGGAUCGAGGGGUUAAAGAAGAUGAACUUCAGAGUAUAUUAAAUUAUCUACUUACGAUGCAUGAGGAUGAAAAUAUCCAUGAUGUGUUACAGUUAUUAGUAGCCUUAAUGUCAGAACACCCAGCAUCAAUGAUACCAGCAUUUGAUCAAAGAAAUGGAAUAAGGGUGAUCUACAAAUUAUUGGCUUCAAAAAGUGAAAGCAUAUGGGUUCAAGCUCUGAAGGUUCUGGGAUACUUUUUGAAGCAUUUAGGUCACAAGAGAAAAGUUGAAAUUAUGCACACCCACAGUCUUUUCACUCUUCUUGGAGAAAGACUGAUGUUGCAUACAAAUACUGUGACUGUCACCACAUACAACACACUCUAUGAGAUCUUAACAGAGCAAGUGUGUACUCAGGUUGUCCAUAAACCACAUCCAGAGCCAGAUUCUACAGUGAAAAUUCAGAAUCCAAUGAUUCUUAAAGUUGUGGCAACUUUGUUAAAAAACUCUACACCAAGUGCAGAACUGAUGGAAGUUCGUCGUUUAUUUUUAUCAGAUAUGAUAAAACUUUUCAGCAACAGUCGUGAAAACAGAAGGUGCUUAUUGCAGUGUUCAGUAUGGCAGGAUUGGAUGUUUUCUCUUGGCUACAUUAAUCCUAAAAAUUCUGAGGAGCAGAAGAUUACUGAGAUGGUCUACAAUAUCUUCCGAAUUCUUUUGUAUCAUGCAAUAAAAUACGAAUGGGGAGGCUGGAGAGUCUGGGUGGAUACACUCUCAAUAGCCCAUUCGAAGGUCACUUAUGAAGCACAUAAGGAAUACCUUGCCAAAAUGUAUGAAGAAUAUCAAAGACAAGAGGAGGAAAACAUUAAAAAGGGGAAAAAAGGGAAUGUGAGCACCAUAUCUGGUCUUUCAUCACAGACAACAGGAGCCAAGGGAGGAAUGGAAAUCCGAGAGAUAGAAGAUCUUUCACAAAGCCAGAGCCCAGAAAGUGAGACAGAUUACCCUGUCAGCACAGAUCCUCGAGAUUUACUCAUGUCAACCAAAGUAUCAGAUGAUAUUCUUGGAAAUACAGAUAGACCUGGAAAUGGAGUACAUGUGGAAGUACAUGAUCUUCUAGUUGAUAUAAAAGCAGAAAAAGUGGAAGCAACAGAAGUCAAGCUUGAUGAUAUGGAUUUAUCACCAGAGACUUUGGUGGGCGGUGAGAAUGGUGCCCUUGUGGAAGUAGAGUCUUUGUUGGAUAAUGUAUAUAGUGCUGCUGUUGAGAAACUCCAGAACAAUGUACAUGGAAGUGUCGGUGUCAUUAAAAAAAAUGAAGAGAAAGAUAAUGGUCCAUUGAUAACUUUAGCAGAUGAGAAAGAAGAACUCCCCAAUAGCACUACAUCAUUUCUCUUUGAUAAAAUACCCAAACAAGAGGAGAAACUGCUUCCAGAACUUUCUAGCAAUCACAUCAUCCCAAAUAUUCAGGAUACACAAGUGCAUCUUGGUGUCAGUGAUGAUCUUGGAUUGCUUGCUCAUAUGACUGGAAGUGUAGACUUAACUUGCACGUCAAGUAUAAUUGAAGAAAAAGAGUUCAAAAUCCAUACAACUUCAGAUGGGAUGAGCAGUAUUUCUGAAAGAGACUUAGCAUCAUCAGCAAAAGGGUUAGAAUAUGCUGAAAUGACUGCUACAACACUGGAAACUGAGUCUUCUGGGAGCAAAGUUGUACCAAAUAUUGAUGCAGGAAGUAUAAUUUCAGAUACUGAGAGAUCUGAUGAUGGUAAAGAAUCAGGAAAGGAAAUCCGAAAAAUCCAGACCACUGCUACAACACAAGCUGUUCAGGGUCGGUCUAUCACCCAACAAGACCGAGAUCUCAGAGUUGACUUAGGAUUUCGAGGAAUGCCCAUGACUGAGGAGCAGCGCCGCCAAUUCAGCCCUGGCCCCCGAACAACAAUGUUUCGGAUACCUGAGUUUAAAUGGUCUCCUAUGCACCAGCGACUUCUCACUGAUUUAUUGUUUGCUUUAGAAACAGAUGUACAUGUUUGGAGAAGCCAUUCUACAAAGUCUGUAAUGGAUUUUGUUAAUAGCAAUGAAAACAUUAUUUUUGUACAUAACACAAUUCACCUCAUUUCCCAAAUGGUAGACAACAUCAUCAUCGCUUGUGGUGGAAUUUUACCUCUUCUUUCUGCUGCUACAUCACCAACUGGUUCUAAGACGGAAUUGGAAAAUAUUGAAGUAACUCAAGGCAUGUCAGCAGAGACAGCAGUAACUUUCCUCAGCCGACUGAUGGCUAUGGUUGAUGUCCUUGUGUUUGCCAGUUCUCUAAAUUUCAGUGAGAUUGAAGCUGAAAAAAACAUGUCCUCUGGAGGUUUAAUGCGCCAGUGCCUAAGACUUGUCUGCUGUGUAGCUGUGAGAAACUGUUUAGAAUGUCGACAAAGACAGAGAGACAGGGGAAACAAAUCUUCCCAUGGAAGCAGUAAACCUCAGGAAGUUUCCCAAAGUGUGACUGCCACCACUGCAUCCAAGACUCCCUUAGAAAAUGUUCCAGGUAAUCUUUCUCCUAUUAAGGAUCCUGAUAGACUUCUUCAGGAUGUUGAUAUUAAUCGCCUUCGUGCUGUGGUCUUUCGAGAUGUGGAUGACAGUAAGCAGGCACAGUUCUUAGCUCUGGCUGUUGUUUACUUCAUAUCUGUCCUGAUGGUGUCUAAAUAUCGUGACAUAUUAGAACCACAGAGAGAGACUUCAAGAACUGGAAGCCAACCAGGGAGAAACAUCAGACAAGAAAUAAACUCACCAACUAGUACAGUUGUGGUUAUACCAUCUAUCCCUCAUCCAAGUUUGAACCAUGGAUUCCUUGCCAAAUUAAUUCCUGAGCAGAGCUUUGCUCACUCAUUUUACAAAGAAACACCUACUGCAUUUCCAGACACUAUAAAAGAAAAAGAAACACCAACUCCUGGUGAAGAAAUACAAAUAGAAAGUUCAAUUCCUCAUACAGAUUCAGGAAUUGGGGAGGAGCAAGUAGCUAGCAUCUUGAAUGGGGCAGAAUUAGAAACUACCACAGGUCCUGAUGCCAUGAGUGAACUUUUAUCUACUUUGUCAUCUGAAGUAAAGAAAUCUCAAGAGAGCUUAACUGAACAUCCCAAUGAAUUGUUGAAGCCUGCACCAUCUAUUUCUAGCAUUAGUCAAACCAAAGGCAUCAAUGUCAAGGAAAUAUUGAAAAGUCUUGUGGCUGCUCCAGUUGAAAUUGCAGAAUGUGGCCCUGAACCUAUCCCAUACCCAGAUCCAGCAUUGAAGAGAGAAGCGCAAGCUAUUCUUCCUAUGCAGUUUCAUUCCUUUGACAGGAGUGUUGUGGUGCCUGUAAAGAAGCCACCUCCAGGUAGCUUAGCUGUCACCACUGUGGGAGCCACCAGUGCAGGAAGUGGGCUGCCAACAGGCAGUACCUCUAAUAUAUUUGCUGCUACAGGAGCUACACCAAAAAGUAUGAUUAAUACAACAGGUGCCGUGGAUUCAGGUUCGUCCUCCUCCUCCUCCUCCUCUAGUUUUGUGAAUGGUGCUACCAGUAAAAACCUUCCGGCUGUGCAAACUGUUGCUCCAAUGCCAGAGGAUUCAGCUGAAAACAUGAGCAUCACUGCAAAACUUGAAAGAGCUUUAGAAAAAGUUGCUCCUCUUCUUCGUGAAAUUUUUGUAGACUUUGCCCCAUUCCUAUCUCGUACACUUCUUGGCAGUCAUGGACAAGAGCUAUUAAUAGAAGGCCUUGUCUGUAUGAAGUCCAGCACAUCUGUGGUUGAGCUUGUUAUGCUGCUUUGCUCUCAGGAAUGGCAAAAUUCUAUUCAGAAGAAUGCAGGACUUGCAUUUAUUGAGCUCAUCAAUGAAGGAAGAUUGUUGUGCCAUGCUAUGAAGGACCAUAUAGUUCGUGUUGCAAAUGAAGCAGAGUUUAUUUUGAAUAGACAAAGAGCUGAGGAUGUACAUAAACAUGCAGAAUUUGAGUCUCAGUGUGCUCAGUAUGCUGCUGACAGGAGGGAGGAGGAAAAAAUGUGUGACCAUCUUAUUAGUGCUGCUAAACAUCGAGAUCAUGUGACAGCAAAUCAGCUCAAACAGAAGAUUCUCAAUAUUCUCACAAAUAAACAUGGUGCCUGGGGAGCGGUCUCUCAUAGAAUCUCAGAUUCUAGCCAUCUGUCUGCACCUGUCAACACAGGAACAGAAGAAGAUAUAGUGAAGUCCAAGAAAGCAUUCAGAAGUCAGGCAAUAGUGAACCAGAACGCAGAGACAGAACUCAUGCUGGAAGGAGAUGAUGAUGCAGUCAGUCUUCUACAGGAGAAAGAAAUUGACAAUCUUGCAGGCCCUGUGGUUCUCAGCACCCCAGCCCAGCUCAUUGCUCCAGUGGUGGUCGCCAAGGGGACUCUCUCCAUAACCACGACAGAAAUCUACUUCGAAGUAGAUGAAGAUGAUCCUGCCUUCAAGAAGAUCGACACGAAAGUUCUUGCAUACACUGAGGGACUUCAUGGAAAAUGGAUGUUCAGCGAGAUACGAGCUGUGUUUUCAAGACGUUAUCUUCUGCAGAAUACUGCUCUGGAGGUAUUCAUGGCAAACAGAACCUCUGUUAUGUUUAAUUUCCCUGAUCAAGCAACAGUAAAAAAAGUUGUCUAUAGUUUGCCUCGGGUUGGAGUUGGGACCAGCUAUGGUUUGCCACAAGCCAGGAGGAUAUCCUUGGCGACUCCUCGACAGCUUUAUAAAUCUUCCAACAUGACCCAGCGUUGGCAAAGAAGGGAAAUUUCAAACUUUGAGUACUUGAUGUUUCUCAAUACUAUAGCAGGGCGGACAUAUAAUGAUCUAAACCAAUAUCCUGUGUUUCCAUGGGUCUUAACAAAUUAUGAAUCAGAAGAACUGGACCUGACACUUCCAGGAAACUUCAGAGAUCUCUCAAAGCCAAUUGGUGCUUUGAACCCCAAAAGAGCAGUGUUUUAUGCAGAACGUUAUGAAACGUGGGAAGAUGAUCAAAGCCCACCCUACCAUUACAAUACACAUUAUUCAACAUCAACAUCAACCUUAUCCUGGCUCGUUCGAAUUGAACCUUUCACAACCUUCUUCCUCAAUGCCAACGAUGGAAAAUUUGACCAUCCAGAUCGAACCUUCUCAUCCAUUGCCAGGUCUUGGAGAACUAGUCAGAGAGAUACUUCUGAUGUAAAGGAAUUAAUUCCAGAGUUUUACUACCUACCUGAGAUGUUUGUCAACAGUAAUGGCUACCAUCUUGGUGUUCGAGAAGAUGAAGUAGUGGUAAACGAUGUUGAUCUUCCUCCUUGGGCAAAAAAACCUGAAGAUUUUGUACGCAUAAACAGAAUGGCCCUAGAAAGUGAGUUUGUCUCUUGCCAACUCCACCAGUGGAUUGACCUGAUAUUUGGCUACAAACAGAGAGGACCAGAAGCUGUUCGUGCUCUGAACGUUUUCCACUACUUGACCUAUGAAGGCUCUGUGAAUCUGGACAGCAUCACUGAUCCUGUGCUCAGGGAGGCCAUGGAAGCGCAGAUACAGAACUUUGGACAGACGCCAUCUCAGUUGCUUAUUGAGCCACAUCCGCCUCGGAGCUCUGCCAUGCACCUGUGUUUCCUUCCACAGAGUCCACUCAUGUUUAAAGAUCAGAUGCAGCAGGAUGUGAUAAUGGUGCUGAAGUUUCCAUCAAAUUCUCCAGUGACCCACGUGGCAGCCAAUACCCUACCCCACCUGACCAUCCCUGCUGUAGUGACUGUGACCUGUAGCCGACUGUUUGCAGUGAACAGAUGGCACAACACAGUAGGCCUCAGAGGAGCACCGGGAUACUCCUUGGAUCAAGCCCAUCAUCUUCCAAUUGAAAUGGAUCCAUUAAUUGCUAAUAACUCUGGUGUGAACAAACGGCAGAUCACAGAUCUUGUGGACCAGAGUAUACAAAUCAAUGCCCACUGCUUUGUGGUCACAGCAGACAAUCGCUAUAUUCUUAUCUGUGGAUUCUGGGAUAAGAGCUUCAGAGUUUAUUCUACAGAAACAGGAAAACUGACUCAGAUUGUAUUUGGCCACUGGGACGUGGUCACAUGCCUGGCCAGGUCUGAGUCCUACAUUGGUGGAGACUGCUACAUCGUGUCUGGAUCUCGGGACGCCACCUUGCUUCUCUGGUACUGGAGUGGGCGACACCACAUCAUAGGAGACAACCCCAAUAGCAGUGACUAUCCUGCUCCCAGAGCUGUCCUCACAGGACAUGACCAUGAAGUUGUCUGUGUUUCUGUCUGUGCAGAACUUGGACUCGUUAUCAGUGGUGCUAAAGAGGGCCCUUGUCUCGUACACACCAUCACUGGAGACCUGUUGAGAGCCCUGGAGGGACCUGAAAACUGCUUGUUCCCACGUUUGAUUUCUGUGUCCAGUGAAGGCCACUGUAUCAUCUACUAUGAGCGAGGGCGAUUCAGCAACUUCAGCAUUAAUGGGAAACUUUUAGCUCAAAUGGAAAUCAAUGAUUCAACACGGGCCAUUCUCCUGAGCAGCGAUGGUCAGAACCUGGUGACUGGAGGGGACAAUGGCGUGGUGGAGGUCUGGCAGGCCUGUGACUUCAAACAGCUGUACAUUUACCCGGGAUGUGAUGCUGGUAUUAGAGCAAUGGACUUAUCUCAUGACCAGAGGACUCUGAUUACUGGCAUGGCUUCUGGCAGCAUCGUAGCUUUUAAUAUAGAUUUUAAUCGGUGGCAUUAUGAACAUCAGAACAGAUAUUGAAGAGCAAUGAAGAACCAGAAGCCAAGUUCAAGUAGAGCACAAGUGCUGCAUGGCAAGGCAAUAUCUCUGGUGGGAACGCUCCUCUGCAUCGGCCUCUGUUUGUACAUUCCAUCACACCCAGCAAUAGCUGUACAUUGUAGUCAGCAACCAUUUCACUUUGUGUGCUUUUUCAGGACUGAACACCAGCUGCUAUCAAGCAAGCUUCUAUCAUGUAAAUUAUAUGAAUUAGGAGAUGUUUGGGUAAUUAUUUCAUAUAUUGUUGUUUAUUGAGAAAAGGUUGUAGGAUGUCACAAGAGACUUUUGACAAUUCUGAGGAACCUUGUGUCCAGUUGUUACAAAGUUUAAGCUUUGAACCUAACCUGCAUCCCAUUUCCAGCCUCUUUUCAAGCUGAGAAAAAAACACGUUUGAUACUUUGUACAUCAGAUGCAUCUUAUUUAAAGGGAUACUUUUAUAAAAGUAAAACCUUGUAUAAAGAACAAAACUGUUUCUUAAUUUUAUUGUGGAGUUACAACUUGCAUGUUCUUUACUCCUGAUGUCUUGAUGGAACAGGUGCGUUCACACUAUGAAACAGAAAAAUCUGUCCAAGGACACAGCUUGUAGGAAUGGGUUGAAUUUGGGCUCAAUCAGUAAUUUUUUUUAACAUUUUCCCCAAAUAUAAUUUGCACUUUUUAAUCAAAAUUCAUCUCUUCUAAGUGAAAUUUGCUCAUAAAGCAUUUGGAUACUAAGCCAUUAUUUGCCAUUUUUGGUACCUUAUACAAAGAAAAUUCAGCCCUGCCCUUUAUAAUUUCAAGACACAGCAGAGAGGGGGCUUAAGGAUGAGAUCCUGGUUUUUAUUGGUAUUUAUUAUUAUUAUGAACAGGAGUCAAGAUCAUUCGUCUCAUAGUAAUGACUUCCCCACACCUGGACAUCUCUUCCAGAAUCAUCCCACUGGCGUAGUGUGUGUACAUUAGGGGAGGAGAAUAAUGCUAACUUUUUUUUUCCUCUUUGGUUCUUGAAUAGCUUAGUUUCUUUAAUAAUGACUUGUUUUACAACAAUAACUAAAGUUAUGCUUUUAGGUUCUUGUGAAAUUCUCACCAAAAGCCACACUCUUCACCUAAGGCACUUCAUCUUUUAUGAUAUAAGAUGAUGGCUAUCAGAUGAUUUUCCAUCAUUGUACUGAUCCAGUUAUACACCCAGGGGUAUAUACACUUUAUCCAUGUUUCUUCUUUGUAUAUUUGGUGACUGUAUUGUCAUAGAUGUACAUAUUGUGUCGGUAGGGCUAUGAGGCAUGUUACAGGAAUGUAAUUUUCUCAGAAUUUACACUCACUUGCAGUCAUUUAUUUAAAAAAAUAAAACAAGAUCAUGGGUUCUUUGUAUUGGCACUUUGCACCAGAAACAUAUCAUUAUUUAUUGAUGUGAUUACUUAUUUGUUACCCACCUUGUACUAGUAAGUUUUAGCACUGAAUUAUUCCUUCUUCAUUGUCGUUUGUAUUUAUGAACUUCUGAAAUUAAGGGGAAUCAGCAUAAUGAUUAAGUUAUUCAUCACCAGGCUGUAAGCAAUAUCUUGAGUUUGUAGCUUAGAAUGGGGAGGAAACUGAACAUCUGGAAGACAAGUUCAUUUCAUCUUGAGAUCAUGGUGAAAUAUUUUGGAUAUAUAAAUUCCUUAAGCUAUUGUAACCAUGUUUUAUUGCAAAGAUGUAAAAUAUGCCAGAUGUGUGUGAGUUGGAAAUCAAAAAAAGAAAAAUAAAAUAUGCAAAGAAUUCAC